CAAUAUCCAGCCUGGCCGAUAGCAGGGCGAGCGUACGGAGGGCAAGGCAGUACGGCAAACACGCAUACGCGCGCCUCUUUCCACCAAGCUCCCUUCCCUUUGCCUUCUUUUGCCCAACAUGCCAGAGGAAGAGGUCGGCGGUGGCGUCCCUUCUGAGCACAAACAGGGCUGGGGAAGUUUCCUCAAAGCACUCGCCUCCUUCUCCGGUGACCUGUCCUCUCUCACGGCUCCUUCUUUCAUUCUCUCGCCAGUCUCCUUGGUCGAAUUCCCAGCUUAUUGGGGCGAGCAUCCGGCAGAAUUUGCUGCUUGUUCCCAAGGCGCUGAUCCUGUUGAGCGAAUGACCAAUGUCUUGCGCUGGUUCAUCAGUACGCUCAAAGGCUCAUACACAGCGAGGAACACAUCCAUGGGAAGUGAAAAGAAACCUCUGAACCCAAUUCUCGGCGAGCUUUUCUUUGGCAACUGGCCCGGCAAGGACGACCGAGGCGAGACUGUUCUGACUACUGAACAGGUCUCCCAUCAUCCUCCAAUCACUGCCUACCACUUGGAGAACCAAAAGGCAGGCGUGACGCUCGAAGGUCACUCCGGUCAGAAGACCACCUUUUCGGGUCGCGCGAUCCAGGUCAAGCAAGUGGGCCACGCCGUGCUGCGCGUAAAGCCUCAAGGGGCUCAGGAUGCCAAAGAGGAGCUGUAUCUCAUCACACUCCCAACGUUGACCAUCGAGGGUCUCUGGUACGGUUCGCCUUACGUUGAGCUUCUCGGCACCACGCACAUCGCCUCGUCCACCGGCUUCCUCUCGACGAUCAACUACACCGGCCGCGGCUACUUUAGCGGCAAAAGCCACAGCUUCAAAGCGACCGUCUCGCCCAUCGCUCAGCCGACGCAAGCGCUGUACACGGCCGAGGGCGACUGGUCUGGUGUGAGCAAGUUCAAGGGCAAAGGCCCGUCCGGAAGCGAGAAGGAUGCGAUCUUCUGGGACGCUGGUGCUCAACGCGAGGAGAUCUCUGUAAAGCCGAUCGAAGAGCAGGGCCCGAUGGAGAGUAGGAAGGUCUGGAAGGAUACAGCAGAAGGUAUCCGGACGGGAAACUUUGACAUUGCUUCCAAGGACAAGAGCAGGAUAGAGAACGACGAGAGACAGAAGAGGAAAGAUGAGGCGGCAGCUGGUACGCCUCACCAACUCGAGUACUUUGUUCACGUCGAAGACGACACGGAAUACGCCGAGCUGAUCGGCAACUUCGGUGGCAAACCCGCCAACGAAGAAGCCUACAGGCGCAAGCCGCGAGUGCAUUAAUUACUAUGCGAACCGUAUUUCGGCUCUCCAAGGAACAUAUUACCGGAUUCUUUCUUAGUAUGAUCGUCUGCAAGAACGCUUCUCUGUCA